UUAUAACUAUUUGGACGGCAACUAUAUUGGUGUUACUGGUAGUAUUGGUGAUACUGGUGGUGCUGGUAAUAGUGGUGGUGCUAGUGAUAGUGGUGGUACUGGUAGUAUUGGUAUUAGCAAUACUGGUGUUAUUAGUAAUAACGGUA